GGAGGAACCCCUGAGAGUAUGGUCCUAAGACACGCCUUUGACUUGGAACUGCAGCAAUUCCUGUAAACCACCUUCUGGCAAAGCAACAAACCUACAAAUUAAACAAUAACAUCCAAAAAAGAAAGUGCCCUGUAGAACAAUUAUAGGAAACAAAGAGGGCAACCAAAUUGUUUUGGUUUCUAUUUCUUUGUGAAGUCCUCCCACUGUGCAGAGGACUGCCUGGCAAUUAAAAAGCAACAGUAGCCUUAGGGGCACAGAGAGAUGGCUUUCAGCAGUGCCCAGCCUCCUUACCUGAGCCCGGGCGUCCCUUUCCAGGGGACAAUCCUAGGGGGCCUCCAGGAUGGUCUUCAGAUCAUCAUCAAGGGGACUGUUCAUUUCUCCACUGAAACCAGGUUUGCUGUGAACUUUCAGACUGGUCGCAGUGACAAAGACAUUGCCUUCCACUUCAACCCUCGGUUUGAAGAGGGUGGGUAUGUGGUCUGCAAUACGAAGCAGAAUGGAUCCUGGGGAAGUGAGGAGAGGAAGAUUCAAAUGCCUUUCCAGAAGGGGCAGCCCUUUGAGAUCUGUGUCCUGGUGCAGAUCUGGGAUUUCAAGGUGGCAGUGGACGGGAACCAUUUCGUGCAGUACUCACACCGCGUGCCUUUCCACUGCGUGGACACCAUUUCGGUCCGAGGUCCUCUGCAGCUAGACUCCAUCAGGUUCCAGAAUCCUACAAUCCCGCCUAUGGUGUACCCCAGCCUAACCUAUAAGCUGCCUUAUUUCACCGCCAUCCCCAGUGGGCUGUACCCGUCCAAGUCCAUCAUCAUGACAGGCACCGUCCUGCCCAAAGCCCAGAGUUUUCACAUUAACCUGCGCUCUGGGAGUGACAUCGCCUUUCACCUGAACCCCCGCUUCAAUGAGAACACUGUGGUCUGCAACACCCAGAUCAAUGGUUCUUGGGGAUCUGAGGAACUCUGGCUGCCUGGGAAAAUGCCCUUCAACCGCGGCCAGAACUUCUCGGUGUGGAUAUUGUGUGAAAGCCACUGCUUCAAAGUGGCCGUGAAUGACCAGCACUUUUGUGAGUACAAGCACCGCCUGAGGAACCUACCGGCCAUCAACAACCUGGAAGUGGCUGGUGACAUCCAGCUGACCCACGUGCAGGCAUAGGAAGGUCCCAGGCCCUGGGCUGACUGGCAUGGGCACAUUCCUGUCUGGAUCUCAACGCUCAACUCCACCACCCCUGCCCCAGCCCCAGCUCAGCCCUUUCCAUGCAGCCUAUGACCUGGGCUUCUCUGGGAGAUCACGCUUUGUCUGGCCCUGCUUCAGGCAGCAGACAGCCUGGAGGGGGAACCCAGCUGGUUGGGUCGGCCUUCCUAAAUUGGCAACACAGGAGGUUCCAGCUGCCAAAUCCUAUCAUCCAAUAAGAGAGGUGCAUUUGGGGGCCCUCUGUGCAAGGUGAGGACCCAUGUUCAGUCCAUCAGCAGGGAGGGAGUGCCCUGAGCCUUCUCAAGCUCUCUGCACAGGCCCCUACCUCCUCCUCUUGCUCUCAACCACUUCCAGCCCCAACCUGGACUCCUCCUCAAAUGUCAAGCCACCAGCUGUGCUCUCCAGGUGGGAGGUGAUUUCAGCUUCUCCAUUUCCCUGACCUUUAACCUACACCUUCACCCUGUACCAAUAUUACAUCCCCUCCAGGAAGCCUACUCUGGUGACACCCCACUAACCUCCACCCAACUGACCUGACCUUUCCUAGUGUCACUGAAAUAAAUAAAAAUGCUUUACAGAACGGAGGCAUGG